AUGUCGACUACAUAUCUCUCAAUCCAUGACUUGCUGCGCAUCACGUAUACAUACGAGAUGCAAGCAGCAGAAGCAGAAGCAAACAUGCAACUGCCACAGGCAAGACCGCGAUCAGAUUCCGCGUGCUCAAUGCCAGAGAUAUGCGCACAUCUCGACCCGCUCCCACCACACCCUCACAUGGCGACUUCGACAUCGGCGGUGCACGAUGGCCUCUUCGAGACGGAUUUCACCGAGAUGUACUGUCGCAAGGCACGAUGCGCAUGA